AUGGUUUCUUUCACUUCCUUCGCUACUCUCGCCUUUGCGGCCUACGCCAUUGCCUCUCCUGUGGCUGGUCCAGAGAUCACUCCUGCGCCUGUCCCAGGUGAGGUGAAGAGAGCGACGAGCUGUACUUUCUCUGGCUCCUCCGGUGCCGCCUCUGCCAGCAAGUCUCAAGCAUCUUGCUCUACUAUCGUCCUUUCCAGCGUUGCCGUUCCUUCUGGAACAACGUUAGACCUCUCUGAUCUCAACGAUGGCACUACUGUCAUCUUCGAGGGUACCACCACCUGGGGCUACAAGGAAUGGGCAGGCCCCCUUCUCCAGAUCAAGGGCAACAAGAUUACCGUCAAGGGCGCCAGUGGUCACUUACUCAACGCUGACGGUGCUCGUUGGUGGGAUGGCGAGGGCAGCAACGGUGGAAAGACCAAGCCCAAGUUCUUCUACGCUCACGACCUCACGAGCUCAACCAUCACCGACCUGCACAUUCAGAACACCCCAGUUCAGGCUGUCUCCAUCAACGGCUGCGAUGGCUUGACGAUCACGGACAUGACAAUCGACAACUCCGCUGGAGACACUGGCAGCUUGGGCCACAACACUGAUGGUUUUGAUAUUGGCAGCAGUUCUUCCGUCACCAUCACUGGCGCCAACGUCUACAACCAGGACGACUGUGUUGCUGUCAACUCUGGUACAGAUAUCAUUUUCAGCGGUGGCGUUUGCUCCGGAGGCCAUGGUCUUUCCAUUGGUUCCGUGGGUGGCCGCACCGACAAUGUUGUUGACACUGUCACGUUCGAGAACUCCGAGGUCAAGAACUCUGUUAACGGUAUUCGUAUCAAGGCUAGCAGUGGAGACACCGGCACAAUUACGGGUGUUACUUACUCCGGCAUUACCCUGGCAUCCAUCUCCAAGUAUGGUAUCCUCAUCGAGCAGAACUACGAUGGUGGCGACCUCGAUGGUACUGCCACCACAGGCAUUCCCAUCACCGACCUCACCAUCAAGAGCAUCGCCGGAUCCGGCGCGGUUGCUUCCACUGGUUACGAUGUCGUCAUCGUUUGCGGUAGCAGUUCCUCCUGCUCCAGCUGGACCUGGUCUGGCGUCACUGUUACUGGUGGCAAGAAAUACGCCAGCUGCUCCAACGUUCCAAGCGUCGCCGCUUGCUCUUAA